CCUUACAAAAAUCCCUACUUCACUCUCCAUUUCCCGCUAAACCCGGCCACGGAACGCCAAUAAUCAAGUUUUAAUCUCGCCGUUUCCGUUCAAAAAGCAGAUGCAGUUAGGGUUUCUGGGAGGUUUAUCUCUGUCUACUUCAAAACUAUCCCAGAAAAUGGCUGCGUGUAUUGCUCUGUCGCCGUGCCCUUACGCUUUUUCUUGCCGGCGAAGUCCUAGAAGGCGUUCCAUUUCUUUCUCUCUCAGCUCUGCUACCCCAUCAGGUGCUCGAAGAACUAAAGUGCCGCGGAAAAGAUCAGGAAGAUUGGAAGGGGUUGGAAAAAGCAUGGAAGACUCUGUCCAGCGUAAGAUGGAACAGUUCUAUGAAGGGGCUACUGGGCCACCACUCCGUGUUCUUCCAAUUGGUGGUCUGGGAGAAAUUGGAAUGAAUUGCAUGCUUGUUGGGCACUAUGAUCGCUAUAUUCUGAUUGAUGCUGGUGUCAUGUUUCCAGACUAUGAUGAGCUUGGAGUCCAAAAGAUAAUACCUGACACAACAUUCAUUAAAAGAUGGAGUCACAAAAUUGAAGCAGUUGUUAUAACGCAUGGACAUGAAGAUCACAUUGGUGCAUUGCCUUGGGUGAUCCCAGCUUUGGAUUCCUGUACACCAAUAUAUGCAUCAUCCUUUACGAUGGAGCUUAUCAAAAAGCGGUUAAAGGAAAAUGGGAUUUUUGUUCCAUCAAGGCUUAAGGUAUUCCGCACCAGGAGGAGAUUUAUGGCUGGGCCAUUUGAAAUUGAGCCAAUCAGGGUUACACAUUCUAUUCCUGACUGUUGUGGGCUAGUUCUUCGUUGUGCUGAUGGUACAAUUCUUCACACUGGGGAUUGGAAGAUUGAUGAAUCACCAUUGGAUGGGAAAGUUUUUGAUCGUGAAGCUUUAGAGGAACUCUCUAAAGAAGGAGUAACAUUGAUGAUGAGUGACUCAACAAAUGUGAUGUCACCUGGAAGAACAAUCAGUGAACAAACAGUAGCAGAUGCAUUGUUGAGGCAUAUUUCAGCUGCAAAAGGAAGGAUUAUCACUACUCAGUUUGCAUCAAAUAUUCACCGACUUGGAAGCGUAAAAGCUGCUGCAGAUUUAACUGGUAGAAAGUUGGUAUUUGUUGGCAUGUCAUUAAGGACAUACUUAGAUGCAGCAUGGAAGGAUGGAAAGGCACCCAUUGAUCCAUCAACUCUGGUGAAAGUGGAGGAUAUUGAUGCAUAUGCUCCAAAGGAUUUGAUAAUUGUGACUACUGGAUCGCAAGCAGAACCACGGGCAGCCUUGAAUCUUGCAUCAUAUGGAGGUAGUCAUUCAUUCAAAUUGACCAAGGAAGAUGUUAUUCUUUACUCUGCUAAGGUAAUCCCUGGUAAUGAAUCUCGGGUGAUGAAGAUGCUAAAUCGCAUUUCUGAGAUUGGAUCAAAUAUCGUAAUGGGUAAGAAUGAGGGGCUGCACACAUCUGGUCAUGGUUAUCGUGGAGAACUGGAAGAAGUGCUUCAAAUCGUGAAGCCACAGCAUUUUUUGCCUAUACAUGGAGAACUCCUAUUUCUGAAAGAACAUGAAUUAUUGGGGAAAUCAACUGGCAUUCGUCACACUACUGUUAUAAGGAAUGGUGAGAUGCUUGGGGUUUCUCACUUGAGGAAUAGAAGAGUUCUUUCUAGUGGUUUUAUUUCCCUUGGGAAGGAGAAUUUGCAGUUGAUGUAUAGUGAUGGUGAUAAAGCAUUUGGGACAUCAAGUGAACUUUGCAUUGAUGAAAGGCUUAGAAUUGCAUCAGAUGGCAUCAUAGUGGUCAGCAUGGAAAUCUUGCGCCCUCAAAAGGUAAAUGGCAUAAUUGAAAAUAGCAUAAAAGGGAAGAUAAGGAUCACUACACGAUGCUUAUGGCUUGACAAAGGGAAGCUUUUAGAUGCACUCCAUAAAGCUGCUCAUGCUGCACUUUCAAGCUGUCCAGUCAGUUGUCCUUUAGCUCACAUGGAAAGAACAGUGUCCGAGGUUUUGAGGAAGAUGGUAAGGAAGUACAGUGGUAAAAGGCCUGAAGUUAUAGCCAUUGCAAUCGAAAACCCUGCAGGUGUUCUUGCUGAUGAGCUCAACGCAAAGCUAUCUGGUAAUUCACAUACUGGUUCUGUGGUAACAACAUUAAGAAAAGUGGUAGAUCAGCAUUCAAGGAGUAAAUUAAACAACAUGUAUGUAGAUGACCAUGGUCAACCUUAUCUUGAUAAGACUCCAGAACAAAAUUUGGAAGUUGGUGAUGCCACGACAAGUAUCGACUUGGGGGAAACAUACUCUUCAAGUGUUGAGGAUUCAAAUGAUUUCUGGAAAUCAUUCAUCACACCAUCAACAUCAUCAUCACUAGUUGACGAAAUAGAUACAGAUGGCUUUGUUCCAGAAGAGCAAAACAAAGUGGGCAUUAAUAAUGAUGAUACUGAAAGCAAUGAGGACGAGUUGGACAUGCCAAACUCCCAAUCAAAGUCUUCCAAGCGAGCCAAAAGGAACAAAUGGAAACCUGGGGAGGUUAAAAAGCUGAUUACAUUGCGGGGGGAAUUGCAUGACAGAUUCAAAGUUGUGAAGGGGAGAAUGGCUCUCUGGGAAGAAAUAUCCACAAGUUUGGUUGCUAAUGACAUUGAUCGAAGUCCAGGUCAAUGCAAAUCUUUGUGGGCGUCUCUGGUUCAGAAAUAUGAGCAGGAAAGCAUGAGUGAUGAGAAAAGCCAAAAGGAUUGGCCAUAUUUUGAAGAUAUGAAAAGAGUUUUAUCUGAUAAUAAAACAAUGACUACAAAGUGAGGGAAAGAAGGACAAACAAUGGAUAUUGAGGGGCAUCAACAACACAUGUUGUUCAGAAAAAUGCUUGGACAGCGAGAGCCAAAAUGAUCUGUAGCUGACACAAUAAUUUAUACGUGAUAAUUCAUAUCCUGGAGGGUCUAUGGUGAAGAUGACCUCUUUUUGAAGCCAUGAGACAAAUCCAUGAAUGGGAUAGGAAGAAAUGGAGAAAUUUUGUGGCAAUAUAUCCUUUCUGUACAUCUCUUUGAUUGUUCCAUUCACUGAUUUCUGUUAAGCAGCAUUUAUGUUGUAUUAUUUGGUGAAGCCAUUUGCUUCCAAAAAUUUUUAUGAACUAAAUUAAGAAUGGAUUUCCCAUUAAGUAGUACCCGAGCUCCGAAACUAUACAAGCUUGUCAUCGGUUUUUAUAUAUGUAAUUUUAACUUUCGUCAUUUGUUGGAGGGGGACAUGGCAGUGU